AUGGACGUAGCCAUGCUUAAACAAUCUAUCUCCAACAUCCUACAAUGGAUGAACUCCUUAAAACCCUUAGCAAAUCGUCUAUCAGGAAUUGACAUCAAUAACAUUGAAAACAAUCUUAAUCAAAUCAAUCACAAAGUCCAUCAACAGAGCCUUUCCGAGACUCUUCUUUUUCCUCUACCAUGGCUUCAAAAGGUUAAGGAACUAGUCAUUGAUUUGAAUGAUUUGAUGGAGGAUCUUCGUUACAAGGAGAGUACUAAUGCUGCAACUAAGUCGCUUAUCAGAUCGGGUUUAAACAUAAAGAAUCGCGUUAAAGCGACUCUCCAAGUUAAGAAAGCAACCGAAGAACUCAAACGGUUGUUGAAUGAGGAAGAUGCAAAGGUAGAAGAACAAGAAGAAGAACAAGUUAUUAUUAGUGAUAAUAAUGAGAAAAGAAAGUCUGCAUACAAAAUGUUUGUGGAAAAUACUGAGUGUGUAGCGGUUGGCAGAGAAAAUGAGAAGAAGGAGAUUAUAGAUCAACUGCUGAACAUGAACAUGAACAACUCUGCUGUUAAUCCUGAUGUAAUUGUAAUUGUUGGUGUUCCGGGAAUUGGGAAAACUAAACUUGUGCGUCUUGUUUGUGAGGAUGAGCAAGUCAAAGCUCAUUUCGGUUUGCAACUGAUUUGGAUCAAAACUUUUGAUGUUGAAUCCAUAGUAAAAUGCGUGACUAUUGUUGAUGGUAGACGUCAGUUACUUGUUAUAGAUGAUUUGCAAAUUGGGAUUGAGCAUGAUGAUGUUCUGGAGAAGUUGAAGAAGAAAUUAAUGAAGGCUGUUGGUUGUACUCAUACGGCGAUACUUAUUACUACACGAAGUAAUCAUGUUGCUAACAACAUUGGUGCUAGACAUGUUUUGAAGUUGCAGGGACUUAAUCAAGAGGAGUCUUGGGCCUUGUUUAUGCAGAUUCAUGGACCAAUUACUUCGACCAAAAAAGAACAAAGCAAUGACGAACACCAACGCACAAUUGUGAGGGAUUGUGGUGGAGUCCCUCUUAUGAUAGUGAUUAUAGCGACGGUGAUUAAGAAGCAUAGUGGUGGUGGUGGUGGUGAUAAUGAUGAAUGGAUUCCAGAAGUACUACAAAUGCUCAAGUUUAUCUAUUACGACAAUCUUCCCACUUAUAAGAAACUAUGCUUUGCUUAUUGUUCAUUGUUUCCAGAAGAUUAUUUGAUUGAUGCUGAAAGAAUAAUUCAGUUCUGGACUGCUGAAGGAUUUCUCACCAUUCAAGAACAACAAUUUGGUCGAGCUUGUUUCAACGACUUUGUUCCUCUGCUUUUCCAUCAAGUGGAAGAAGAAAACAACCACCACAGGUACUACGGUGGUGUGAGGAACGACAUGAACAACUGCUUUUAUAGAAUGAACCGGUUAAUGCAUAAACUUGCAAGGCUGAUUUCCGUCAGCAGUGAUGAAAACAUAACUGUGGAUUUGAUGGGGGAGAGAGUUCAUGGUGGAAUGCUGCGAGUUUCGUUCAAUUUCGCUUUAGAUUUGUUGUGUGAGAUCCCUGAUUCGGUGUUUGAGAAAGCAAACAAACUAAGGACUAUUCUUUUGCCAUACAACACUAACAACCCUCGGCUUCCAAACGAGGUAAAGAUGACCACAUCAACCUGUGAUAACAUCUUCAACAGCUUCAAGUACUCGCUACGCGUGUUGGAUCUACAUGACUUGGGGAUCAAGAUGAUUCCGAGCUCUAUUGGAGGUGUUAAGUACUUGAGGUAUCUAGAUUUAUCCCAUAACAAUGUAGAGAAGCUUCCUAGUUGCAUCACAAAUCUUAUCCACUUGCAAACAUUGAAACUGUCUCAAUGUCAUAUCCUCAAGGAAUUGCCAAAAGACAUAGAGGAUUUGGGUUGCCUCAACCAUCUUGACAUUGAGGGAUGCUUGCAUCUAACUCACAUGCCAAGUGGGAUAAAUAAGCUCACUUCGUUACAAACAUUAUCACUUUUCGUGGCCAGCAAGAAACAAGUUACGGGAGGACUUAGAUCACUCACGGAUCUUAACAAUCUAAGCGGCCACUUGGAAAUUUCGCAGCUUGAACAAGUCAAGUUCUCUCCAUCCAAGGAAGCUGCUAAAGAUGAAUUUUUGAAAAAUAAACAACACCUCGAGUUCUUAACUCUAAGAUGGGAUCACGAGGAAGAGGAAGAGGAAGAGGAAGAAAGCGAUGUUGACAAAGACACGAAGUCGCUUGAAUGUCUCCAACCACAUCCGAAUCUGAGACUCCUAUCAGUUGUCGGGUACAAUGGUCAAACCUUGUCUAACUGGCUUGCUUCACUCCAAUGCCUUGUUAAGUUUACUUUGAACAACUGUCCCAACUGCCAAUCUCUCCCACCAAUGGAUAAACUUCCGCAUCUUAAGGUUCUCAAACUUCGGAGAUUGGAUUCUUUGAAAUUCAUUGCAAAAAACAAUCAAGUAGCUGAAUCCUCUACACCAAUAUUCUUUCCAUCCUUGAAGGAACUUACAAUCUCAGAUUGUCCUAAUCUAAAAAGUUGGUGGGAAAAUGAGAUAUGGGAAAAUGAUAGACCAACUUUCAGUUGCAUUUCAAAGCUAAAUAUCCAAUCUUGUCCAAAAUUAGCCUGCAUGCCGCUAUAUCCAGGUCUCGAUGAAGAGCUGGUUCUGGUGGAGUCGAACGUAAGAUCAAUGAGGGAUACAAUGCAUCAUGCCGAAAAUGUCGUAAGUGAGACUUCUAAUUCACAAUCACAGCCCUUCUCCAAAUUGAAGUCCAUGGUAAUAGAGCGAAUUGAUCAUUCUCCACCAGAAAGGUGGCUUAAAAACUUCAUUUCACUAGAACAACUUCACAUUCGAGAUUGUAUUAUUUUUGAAUCUCUACCACAAGGUUUCAAGUAUUUAAGUUCACUCGUAUCACUCUCAAUUGAACGAUGUGAACAACUUGAUCUUGGCAUUGACAAAUCCAAAACUGAAUUGAAGGGUCUGACUGAAUGGGAGGGUCUGAAAAACCUUGAUUCUCUUACAUUAAGGAGUAUUCCAAAACUCGAGUCCCUUCCAUGGGGAGUUGAAAAGGUGAAAUCUUUGAAAGAUUUAAGAAUUUAUGAUUGCCAUGCUUUAACUUCUCUACCUGAAAGCAUAGGUAACCUCACUUCACUGGAGAAACUGGUUAUUUCUGAAUGCAGAAAUUUAGAUUCUCUGCCUAAAGGAAUGGAAAAGAUUGAGUCACUACAUACUCUGAUUAUUAUGGACUGUCCUUUGUUAUUACCAAGGUGUCAACCAGACACAGGUGAUGAUUGGCCACAAAUUGCUCAUAUAAAAAAUAAACUGGUGAGGGAAACUUCUCAAGACUUUGAGAGAUUACUUGUGAUGGAGACUUUCUUUUGA